AUGGGACUUCUCGAAAGGUUGCGCCGAGUCUUUGAUAGAAUAUCCAAUAGUAGAUCCAACACACCACGGUAUAAUUAUCAAUUACCAUACGAAGCAACACACAGCGAAAUCCAACGAGGGAGAUACAUCUUCCCUAGCGAAAAUGAACACCACGAAGCCACAAUCCUCGGUUUCCCCUCGCGCUCCUCUCUGCCACCCGACAAAUACGACGCAUUCUGCAUCGAGCUCACAGAACUAGCCACUGCCAUCGCAGAGUUCGAGCCAGUCCGUAUCUACGUGAGUCCGGAUGACAAGCCACUCUUAGAGACUCUGCUCCAAAACACCGGCAAGGAUCUGUCAUGCGUGGCCAUAAUCCCAAGCCCAAUCAACCACAGCUGGGUUCGCGACACGGGCCCAGUCUACGUCCGUGACGCGACAGGCAAGUUCCCCGAUCGACGUUUUGCAGUGAACUUUCGUUUCAACGAGUGGAGCGGCAAGAAAUCUGAGGGUGAUGGUCUAUGCCGGGGCCAGAAGUGGCCAUGGUUGGAUGAUAAGGCGCUGCAGGACAAUAUGAAUUUCGCACGUUGGGUCAUUGAUCAUGACAGUCAACCUGUCCCCGUGACUCGGAUUGAAUCCCCGAUCUGUGCCGAAGGGGGUUCGUUCGUUACGGAUGGGGAAGGGACAUUGUUGAUCACGGAAAGCAGUAUUAUUUGUGAUAUUCGCAAUCCUGGAAUGUCCAAGGCUAGAAUUGAGAGUGAACUGAAACGCUCGCUGGGUGUUCAAAAGGUCAUUUGGCUCCCUGGUCGACGCAAUGUUAAUAUCACGGAUGUGCAUAUGGCUGCUAAGGCGCGUUUUAUUCGACCCGGUGUUGUCGUCUACUCAAGGCCACAUGAGACGGCUGGAGAUGUAUGGAAAGAAGCAUCUGAGGAUAUCAGAGGUAUUUUAGCUCGGGAACUUGAUUCCAAGGGUCGGAGUUUGCAGAUUCAUGGUAUUGAAGAGCCAAACCCUCGGGGCUUGACCAGCAAUGCCGAUGAUGAACUGGCGGCUAGCUAUGUGAAUUUCUACUUUGUCAACGGGGGGCUGAUUAUUCCUAAGUUUGGAGACGAGGAAAGAGACCAGAGAUCCCUUGAGCUUUUGUCGUCAUUGCUUCCAGAUCGAGUUAUCCGGCAGGUUUAUACUAACGCUAUUCCUCUGACGGGGGGUGUGCUGCACUGUGUGACCCAACAAGUACCAUCUAUAAGGUGA